CCGCUUCUUCGUCUGUAUUGUUCGUGAGCAGCCGCUGAUAGAGCGAUCCGCCGUAGGCUGACGCUCGUGAACCUCGCCGUGGUCAUAUUCUUGGCGCUCAAGAACACCCCCCUAGCGUUCUUAACAGCCUACUCGUACGAGCGGCUCAACUGCCUCCAUCAGAUUGCCGGUUGCACGAUGUUCAUCUUGAUGGUCCUCCACGCGUCCCUGUACACGGCCUUCUUUGCCAGCGAGAAGCGGUUAGUCGCCAUUUACUCCCAAAGCUCAGGGAUCGGGGGGAUCGUGGCCGGCUUUGGCUUUUUGAGCGUCGUUUCGUCCGCUUUGGUUCUCAGGCGAAUCUGGUACGAGCUGUUUUACGUCACGCACAUAACAUCUUGGGUCCUGGCCAUUGUCGCUCUCGGUGUCCACCGGCCCGAAAUUGCCAACAAGACGCUUGUCGUCGUCCUCAUCGCCGCCUCCAUGUGGUUCGUCGACCGCGUCAUCAGGGCAUGCAGAGUCCUGUAUUACAGCACCAACAACGAGGCGAGAUUGUACCCCCUCCCCGAUGGAAGUACCAAGGUUGUUUUCAAGAAGGUGCCCUCGAGAACACGACCGGGAAAGCACUGCUUCAUCUGGAUCCCCGCCAUCCGCAAGUUCGAGACCCACCCAUUCACGAUCCAUGGGAGCUCGCCCGUCGAGUUUACCGUCAAGGCCCGCUACGGAUUCACGAGCGACCUCCACAAGUAUGCGGCGGCUCACCCGGGCGAGGCCGUGACGGCUUCGAUCGACGGACCAUAUGGCACGUUCCCCGACCCAAUGGAGUUUGACAAGAUUGUGCUCAUUGCUGGGGGCGGAGGUGCUACCUUUACCUUCGGCAUUGCCGUCAACGUCCUCGAGAGAAUGCAUGAAGACUCGCCCAAGGACAUUGUCUUCAUCUGGUCGGUCAGGAAACACGAAAACCUCUCCUGGUUCAGGGAGCAGCUCGAAUUGCUGCGAACCCAUGUGCACUCGCCCAAAGUCAGCGUCUCUCUUUACGUCACGCGAGCGCCAUCAUCCACGUCCGACCUCCCCAGCGGAAGCGAAAGCGAGAGCACCGAACAGAGCGGCCGGUCCAACACUUCUUCCAAGGAUACCGAGUCGCCGCCCUUGUCACCGGCUGGUUCAGACCCCGAGAAGGACGCUCAUCGGACCGCUGCACCAGCCGCUCGCCGGCCGUCCUCCGGGGCACACGGCGACUCCGAGAGGGAAAAGGAGGGUGCCAUAGAGACUCCGGCCGAGCACACCGGCCUGGCGGAGAAAGGGUCUCUCAAGGCCGCGGCCGCCGUAGCUCACACGUUCUUCGAACAUCCAGUCAAGCUAGGGCGGCCAGAUGCGGCCUCGGUCAUCCGGGACGCAGUCAAGACCACACCGCGGGACCAGCGUGUCCUGGUUGCGGCAUGUGGUCCGGACGGUUUGAUGCGUGUGGUUCGGGAUACAACGGCAAGAUUGAUCGUUGGCGAUGGUCCGGCCGUGGAGCUGCACUGCGAAGAGUUCGGCUGGUAAAGGAUGCGGAGAAGGUACGGAACACAGUACCGUAUACUGCGUUAGAUGGGCUCGAUCUUUACGAUCGGUCAUUCUUGCCAAUCUCUCCCUGCGUUACGUCCGGUUCAACAGGCGUUCAAGUUGGGUUGUGGUUCCGCUCCCUUCGGUUAUGGUUCAUUUGUUGGCGGGUUGAGAAUGACAAAGGGGGGAGGGUGUGUCCAUGUAUAUAUCC